AUGAAUCAAGAAACGCAUUCAGCUUUUUCCAAAAAAGUGGUUCUUGUGAAAGAAUGUUUUUUUACGUGAGUGUUGUUUUAACAAAGUGCUUUUCAAGAGUAGAUAAAUAAAUUAUGAUUUUUUGCAUACUUUAUACUACACAUUCUUGAUUUUAUGAUUCUAGAAGUUUUUGAAUCGGACUCAAAGAAAAAUAUUGAAUCCGAUUUCUCCUAUUCGAUUCAAUAUUUGCCUAAUUGUUUACUUUUUCAGAAUGACUCUAUCACCAGAAACUCUUUUGAUGGUAUUAGCAAUUGCAAUGUGCAGUCUUUUACUAUUAUUUUCGAUUGCAGUUGUUAUUGUAUUUCAUUGUUGUAAAGUUGAUGCCAUUCAAAACUUGCCGCAAGCAAUGCUUGAGGUAGGUUCUUGAAAGUUUGGGUUAACCCACGAAGCUUCUGGGUUACUGUGGGCGAAACUAGAACUAUUUAAAAGAUAAAAGUUCAAAACCUAUUGCACCCGAUUCUACUGACCUCAGGACAAUUUGAAAUUUUGAAGUUGUUUUUCAAAAAUUCAGUAAAAAACCAGAAGUUUUCCUAUAUUAAAUUUAUAGAUAACUCUUAAUCUCCAAAAAUUUCAAACUUUUUCAAUUACCUCUCCAGAAUCUUGACACAUUUCUCUCUGAUCAGCUGUUGUUUUUUUUUCAAGAGAACACGUCAUUCUGUCAAUUGGGCACGUCAUUCCGUCUUCAGCCAUAGUCAUUAUGAUGAAUACGAAGAGGAUUGUGGACGUGGAACUUCGCCAACAAAUAUGUUGAGACCUCCGCCGAUUGCUGUAUAG